AUGGAGAAACCUGCGCUUAAAAGCCAAAAAAAUUUUAUAGGCAGCAUAGUACUCAAAGAGAGAGAAAAUACCCAAAGCCUUGAAGAGGAAGAAACUAAGCACUCGACUACUGUAACCACCCCAGACUCUCUUUUUUGUAUAACUCGAGAAUCAAUCUCAGAUUCAUUUUUAGGUUCUGUAAGCGAAGGGUCAGACUCUAUGCUCGCACAAAAAAUCCCAGCAAUGCCGAGCACACCAGCUACUCAUAUCCCAUUUUCCCAUACCCAGAAAUCAAAUCUUGAAUUAUGGGAAGCAGCGGCGCAAAAUAAUCCUGAACAUUGUAAAAACCUUCUUGAUCAAGAAAUUCAUGGCGAUUUUGUUGCAGAUUCAAAUUCACAAGAUGAACAAGGAAUAACUGCACUGCAUAUUGCAGCCCAUGAAGGGUUUUUAAGUGUUUGUGAAGUGCUUUUGGAUUAUGGGGUUAAUACAAAUCUUAAUGUUACUAAUGUCUUGAAAAGGACUCCUUUGCACCUAGCUUGCUUAGGCGGACACACUGGAGUAGCUCAGUUAUUAGUUCGUUCUGGAGCUGAUUUAAAUUUAUACUUUUAUAUAUAUAUAGCUGGUCUUUUUGAAAAGAAUUUUAUAUGUAUAUAUUUCGAUAUUUUUAUAGAAAAAUGGAUAGUUGAUAUUGAUGGAAACACCGCUUUGCAUUUCGCUUCUGAAAAAGGUCAUCGGCAGCUUGUUCUAUGACUCUUAACCCGUGGUCCUAACAUCUUCAUCAAAAAUAACUCUGGCAGAACUUCUCCAGAUGUUGCCAACUCCAUUGAGAUUUUAGAUAUCUUCAAAGAAUAUUGCCGAAGACUGAACUUGCCUAUUCCAAUUUUAGGAAUGGCGCCACUGUCUAGAUCUCAUGAAAGGUUUCCCUCAGAGCCUCGAAGAGUCCAAAUCAGCGACUUAACCAAUAUAGAGAAAGUUAAGAUUAGAGAGGGUUUAAAUGGGUAUUUAUUUCAGCUCCUAUCUAGUAGAGCAAGUCCGAUGCCUCCUUCUGGAACUACCUCUGUUAUUUGUAGGCAACAUAAUGCUCCUCCAGAAGUGUCCAAUUGGUUUUGCGGUGUCAGUCCUCUUCUCUGUGUAGAUCGAAAGGAGGCCCAGCCAGCCCAAGCCUGCACCCCGCUCGGAAAAACUUCCACCUGCGACCCCAUGGCCUUCGGAGCCUUAUUUUUUCAAACAGCCAAAAUUUUGGAAAAUUUUUUCUUACUGCGACAACACCAUCUCUGAUUGCAAUUUAUUAACCAAUAUAGAAGAAAACAAAGAAAGCGGAAGAGUCACCCCAAUUGAUUUUGAGGUCAUACAAGAGCUUGGAAAAGGGAGUUUUGGAGACGUCUAUUUGGUCAGAAAAAGAGACAGCAUGAACUAUUAUGCUAUGAAAGUAUUGAGGAAAGACAAAAUUAUGGGACAGAAUUUGAUAAAAUAUGCAAUGACUGAGAGAAAUGUAUUGAGCUAUAUAAGGCAUCCUUUUAUAGUGUCGCUAAACUAUGCUUUUCAAACACCUGAAAAGCUAUUUUUAAUUUUAGAUUAUUGUCAAAGAGGAGAUUUAGGGGUUUAUUUAAACAAGGAAAAGAGAUUUUCAGAGCCAUUGGCAAAAAUAUAUAUAUGUGAAGUACUUCUAGCUUUAGAAGAGCUGCAUAAGCGUGACAUUAUUUUUAGAGACUUAAAGCCAGAUAAUAUAGUAUUGGAUGAAGAAGGUCAUGCCAUGCUUACAGAUUUUGGACUUUCCAAAGAAGGGAUAUAUGAUAAUGUGACAGCGAGAAGUUUCUGUGGAUCUGUCGCUUAUUUAGCACCUGAGAUGAUUAAGCGGCAAGGGCACGGAAAAGCAGUUGACUGAUAUUUGCUAGGAGUUUUGCUAUAUGAAAUGCUUGCAGGGACUCCUCCUUAUUUUUCUCCCAACCGAGAAGAGCUUUUUAUACUAUAUUUGCAUGACUUACCAAAUCCUCUAUACUUUUGCUUAUAAAUUUCUAUUUUUUUCAUAAACUAAAAAAUUCAAUAUAAAAUGGUAUAGAAAUAUCCAAAGAGGUUUAUUAAAAAUCCCUUCUCACUUUACUCAAGAAACCAAAGACUUGUUAAAAGACGUAAUUAAUAUGUAGCUUUUACAAAGAGAUCCUUCAAAAAGAUUAGGCACAAAAAGAGACGCUGAAGAAGUAAAAGAGCAUCGAUAUUUUUAUGGAGUAAACUGGGAAUCAGUCUUAAGGAGAGAACUAAGACCUUCACUGCCAAAUAGGAUACCUAUUGACAAUGUAGUGAUACCAAAUGAAAAAGUUUAUGGAGACAUGAGCCAGUUUGGAGAUAAGUCCAAUCAAGUCACAGGAUGGACGUUUAUAUCUAAUUAA